AUGGGAAACAAACCCUCAACUCAUUACAUACCAGUGGAGGACGAUAAUACCGUCUUCAUUUCUAAGGAGAAUGAUGUUCACAGGAUCCCUGCGCUGUUCUAUGACAGUGACAGAAAAAUCCUGUUGGCCUUUGCAGAGAAGAGGGAUACUUCUGAUGAUGCCAGUGCAGUAGCGCUGGUCAUGAAGACAGGAACUCUGCACACGGAUGCAACAACCCAUGAAGUUACAGUAAAGUGGUCUGAGCUCAAACUGGUAAAGGAGGCACAUAUUGAGGGAUACCGUCCCAUGAAUCCCUGCCCACUGUACGAGAAAACCAGCAAGACCCUCUUCCUCUUCUUCGUUUGUAUUGAAGGCACCACCUCUGAGCUGUUCCAGAUAUGCUGCAACCAAAACAAAGCCCGUCUCUGCUACAUCACAAGUAAAGAUGGCGGCCAAAGUUGGAGUGGUGUGACCGAUCUGACAGAUGAACUGCCAGAAAUCAAGAGCUGGGCCACGUUUGCUGUUGGUCCAGGCCAUGGCAUCCAAACAGAGAGUGGGAGAUUGAUUGUCCCAGUUUAUGGGUAUGCUUCCUGCUCCCCUUCAUGCUGUUGUUUUAUAAAAUUUUAUUGUUGCACCCCAUAUGCAAUCUCUCUGUACAGUGAUGAUAAAGGGAAAACAUGGCAGUUUAGCAAAAGGAUUGAAAAAGUGUCAGUUGAAUGUGAAAUGGCAGAGGUGUUUGAUGACACAGGCCUCAAGUCCAUCUACUGCAAUGCCCGCAGUAAGGGAGGCUACAGAGUGGAGGCUCUUGAUAAGAAUGACGGGGCUGGAUUUAGAGUCCUCAAGUCUAAGCUGGUGGAGACAGGUGGAGGCUGUCAGGGAAGUGUGGUGUCCUUUCCAGCUCAAAAUAAAGAUGCUGAGAGCCAGACAAACAAGUGGCUGCUCUACAGCCACCCGAGCAGCCAAUCCAAACGCACUGAUUUAGGGGUUUAUUUGAACAAGGUGCCGAGCGACUCUAGUGCAUGGAGUAAACCCUGGAUCAUCAACAGUGGACCCAGUGGUUACUCUGACCUGGCUUACAUUGGUGAUGGGCUUUUUGCUCUACUGAUGGAGUGUGGGAAGCAAAAUUAUAUCGAACAGAUCGCCUACAAAGUUUUCAGCUAUGAGGAAGUCAUUCAGGGCAUAGGGAAGUAA